CUCAAUCCGCCGAAUCCCACAAGCUCAGCUGCAGCUAUGGGCCGUCGAAAUGGCCUCCACCCCUCCCGUACCCUCUAAGGCCGCUCUCAAUGCCCUUCGCGGCGUUCUUUUGACAACAUCAUGUUCCGUCGUCUUCCUCGCCGAAGAGCGUCGCCGCCGACUCAAGAUUGCUCGCGCUGCCAUUGAUAACGCGCGGAAGCUGCAUACCGUCAAAAGUAACAGAGGCGCCGUUGCGCUGAGCGAAAGCUGGGAAGACAGGUUGGCGGAUCUUGGGGAUGAGGUUUUAGCCCUUCCAUCAGCCUCGCGUCCGAAGAAUUCCUAUCGAAGACGACGCCGGAGCAAUUCUUCCAAUUCUCUCAUAAGCGGCAGUGGCAUCGAUUCCAACAGAUUUCCGUCCGAACAUCGUGAACCUGCUAGUGGGAUCCCAGCUUCCGGCGUGGAGCAGAGGACCCAAGAGGCACAGAUAUCCAACUUUGGGCUAGAUGCGGCCAGGCUUAUUCUCCCAUUGGCUGACAGCCGGCAGCUGGAUGCAUCGUUCAAAUCUUUGGCAGCUUCUACAAUACCAGUUCUUCCGCUUCUUUCCAGGGAGGAGGGAUCUCACAAAGAUAGGACGGAUGUUGGUACACGGGUGAAGGUGUCUCUGCAUAGAGAUUAUAUGUCUACCCUGCGCUCUCCAGACACGAGGAACGGUUCGCCAUCUCUUCAUGAACUACUGCAGUUUGACUCUUCUGCUUUGACUCGCCUAUCCUUGACAAGCAUGCCGACCCAGGACAGAACAACUCAACCCCACCAUGUCGAUAAAGCUGCGGAGCUUGAGCGAAUGCUGCAGGAUUUAGAGAUGGGCCAGUCAACAAGCACUUUGACAUCUGAAAUGGUAGAUCUGGCCAUUACCCAGCUACAAACUUUAUCAACAUCGCGGCACACAACCCCUGGCUUAAGCAGCCUUGUCAAAUCAAACGGAUUACGAUUGCUGAAAAUCACCAUCGAAUCUGACCCUACAAAAAUGGAUACCGUUCUUACAACCUUACUUCCGAAGUUUAAAGACCCUAUUCAGAUCCUAUCACCUUUAACAAAGUGGCUGUGGGAGAAGAAGGAUAAGAAAGGCUUAGAGCGACUUCUUCAAUUUCUCUCUGACCGCAAACAAACGCGGUUCUGGAUGCAUGGCAUGAUGCUCUAUCGAGUGCUCUCUGGUCUUGAUGAGGUCAUGGGGAGCUUCAAGGAUAUCAAACACUUGUAUCGACUUCUCCAAAGUGCUGGCUUGUACCAUGAAAUUGCCGUGCCGUCCAAUAUUGAGUACAAAAUACGUCGCCUAAUGGUUUCCAAGGCUCUGAAAGCAGGAGACGACGCAUUUGCUCAGGAGGAAAUGAAAAGCCUUUGCAAAUUGGACCCAGAUGCAGCCAAGUCAGAUAUAAAGCUCCAGAGCAGGAUAAUAGUGCGGGAGGCUGCACUUGGACACUGGGAAUCUGUUCGUAACGGCAUAGAAGCACUUGAGGGUUCUGACAACACAAAGGCAAACGACUUACGGUAUAUGAUUAGCAAGAUCACAGAUGUAUUUGUGCAGACUUGCUCUUCGGAAGGACUUGAGGCUCUGCUGAGGAAAUUUGUGCGCAAUUACAAAAUACCCCUGAGGUCCAGAUGGGUCAACCUCGUCUUGGACCGACAUGCAAGCCGCCAUGAUCUUGACUCGAUGUUUUCAUGGUUGCAGUUUUGCAAUGAAGCGGGAUUUCAGAUGGACGACACAUUUAUGCAGCGAUUCUAUUCUGGAUGCCGAAAAUACUGGAGCUUCUCCGACAAAACUAUAACAGAUUUACAUCAAAACCUCCAAGGACUGUCACCGGCUGUCUCGAACUUUUCACUCAGUAAAGCUGAUGGAAAGGGCCUGAAUGAUGCGCCACCCACUUCUCUCGAGUCACGCCGCUGGUUAUCUGAAGCGGAUGCUUUCGAGUGCAUGGAGUGGUUCUCAGGUCGAAACGAGUGGGAGCGCGUCUGUGAGGCGUAUGGUGAGUUGCUGUCAAGCGGUUUAACCUCAUCAGUCCGCUGCCUUCGUCUAGCAGUCAUAGGACAUAUUAGGAGGCAAGAUGGAAGCAUUGAUGAAGCGGCAUCACUUAUUGACGAAGCUCGCGGAAGAGGUCAAGAUGUGACGGAAGCCCUGACUCCUCUUUUACUUGCAAGGCUUGAGAAAGGUGAUGACGCUGGGGAUUUAGUAAGGCAGGCUCUACGUCGAGGCACUCGCAUCCACGACAGCGUGUACAACAAAGCUGCUCAAAUACUCUCGGCCAAGGGUGACUUGCAAGGAGCUGCCACCAUGUGUGAGGUAGCGGCGAGAGAAAAUGGCAACGGGGAACUCUUGUACAGCGAGUACAACUUUUCCAACCUUGUUUUUGCAUACACCGGCUCUGCCAGCUACAACGCCUUGAAGUCUAUCCUGUCCAAGUUUACGUCGGAAGUCCAGUGGUGGCGCGGCAGCCGGGCUUGCAAGGAGAGCAUCAAGCUAGCGAUGAAGACAACAGCGAUGCGAGCAGUGGUACACCCCAAAGAAAAGAAUGACCACAAGGAUGCUCUCUUCAAGCUCGACGAAGCCCUCAUUCAUGUCAAGAAGUGCCGCUCCACUAAAGACGACCGACGGGCGGUGACGGAGGCAUUUAUACGGAUGAUUCGACCUUUGGCAGCCGAACCUGAGCAGGAUCACACAGAUGCACGGAAGUUAAACCUGGCUACGGUGGAAGUGUCAGUGCCAGAGUUGUCGGAAACGAAGCCCUUUCAAAGAUCGGUUCUGGUGGCUCGCCAGGGAUUGGCGGUUGCUGGAGAAGCAUGAUGGAACAUGGAAAUUGUAUAUGAUUAGAUGUAUUGGAAUGAACACACAAAAUGCCAUGUAUCCAAUAGGAACUAUCUGUAUACGUAGUAAAAUUAAAUAUCACUAGCAAUCAUUGGUUG